AUGAGAGAACUCACCAGAAACUCCGGCACGGCGGCGAUUCUCGCGAUCUUUCUAAUCCUCGCCGUUAACGUAGCCGCCGAUUUCCCUCCGUUCGAGACAGAGUGCCGAGGUACCAUAGCCGAGUGCUCGGUUUCCGCCGCGCUCGGAGACGAAGGAGAGCUCUUCUACGGCGGAGGAAUGGGAGCAGAGUUCGAGAUGGACUCGGAGAUCAACCGGCGCAUGUUAGCGAACAGGAGGUACAUAAGCUACGGUGCGCUGAGGAGAAACACUGUGCCUUGCUCACGACGCGGCGCAUCUUACUACAAUUGCCGACGUGGCGCUCACGCAAACCCUUACUCUCGCGGCUGCAGCGCCAUCACUCGUUGCCGGCGAUGAAUCUGUAACUGUAAUUUUUCCUCAUUAUUCUUUUCUGUUUAUUAUAUAUAUAUAAUUUGACGAAUUUUAUUGCAGUUCCCAUUCGCAUAUAUAACUAUUUAUAUAUGUAAAUUUUGCUUGGAAUAAUCUGUCAUUGAUGUAAAAGUACCACGAAAAUAAAAAAUCGAAUUAAACUAGAUAAUUUUACUUUGUAAUCAAAUAGCAUCAUUGGUGAAUCAGUGAUUAACGAAUGUGUUGAAAUAAUAUUGUAUUUAAGUGGAAUAUUGAUGGGC